AGUUUGGCGUUAUUAGCCGACUCUUCAUACAAAAUUCUUUGAAGCUAUCUGCCGUCUUGAGCCAGUCCUCUAGCCGACUAAAUUAUAUACGAAACAUAUACAGUCUACAGUACACACUGACAUGGCAUUUUGUGGUAGCAGAGUUCUGAGGGGCAAUAUUCCUUUUGGCGAUUCAAAAGCUUUUUAUUCUUCGAGAGACUUGGGAAAUGUUGAUUACAAUCAUCACAAGGUAUUAAUAUGUUUGCGAAAUCCUGUUUCUGCUAAGGAAGAUUCAUCGAGAUAUGGUCCUUUCUAUCAGUCGGUUAGCAAUCAGAGAAUCAAUGAAGUAAUAUGUUAUGAUUCUAAGUCUGGAACAAACAUGACUGAUAAUUUGGAUGAUGAUUUCGUACCAAAAACCAGCGACGGGAGUGGGGGAGAUGGGUAUACAGGGGGGUUUCCAACAGGAGGUGGUGGAGGAAAUGAUGAUGGAGGUAGUGAGGAUGGUGGUGCUGAACAUGAUGAUGAAGACAAAAAUGAAUUUGGACCAAUAAUGAAGUUUGAGGAAGUAAUGAAGGAGGCAGAAACGCGAGGGGCUACCCUUCCUAUGGAUAUGUUAGAGGCAGCAAAGAUCACAGGACUACGCAGACUAAUACUUACUCGAUAUUUGGAUUUGCAGGGUUCUGCUUGGCCUUUAGGUUUCUUAAUGAAAUACUGCACGAUGCUAAGAAAUAGAAUGCUUGCUGAUCCAUCUUUUUUGUUUAAAGUUGGAACUGAGGUGGUCAUUGAUUCCUGUUGUGCAACAUUUGCUGAAGUUCAGAAGAGAGGAAAGGAUUUCUGGUCAGAGUUUGAGCUGUACUCUGCAGAUCUUUUAGUUGGUAUAGUUGUUGACAUUGCUUUGGUAGGGAUGCUAGCACCAUAUGCUCGGAUCGGAAAACGAGCUGUUUCGGGUGGCUUCUUGGGACGGAUGCAACACGUUGUUGGAGCACUUCCCAGCAGUGUUUUUGAAGCUCAGAGGCCAGGAUCAAAUUUUUCAUUGCAGCAGAGAAUAGCUACAUAUUUUUACAAGGGUAUCUUGUAUGGCUCAGUUGGAUUUGGUUGUGGUCUUAUUGGGCAAGGCAUCGCAAAUAUGAUCAUGAAUGCGAAGCGAAGCAUGAGGACGUCGGAGAAAGAUAUACCUGUGCCCCCUCUAGUGAAAAGCGCAGUGCUUUGGGGUGUUUUCCUCGCGGUGUCCUCCAAUACUCGUUAUCAAAUAAUAAAUGGACUGGAAAGUGUAGUAGAAUUUUCACCUCUGGCAAAGAACUUCCCACCAGUAGCCUUGGCUUUUACAGUUGGUGUACGAUUUGCCAACAAUAUAUAUGGUGGAAUGCAGUUUGUAGAUUGGGCCAGAUUAAGCGGAGUCCAGUAGCUAGCAGAGCAUAUCAAUUAUAGUUUUGAAGUUGCUCUUAUAUCAGAAAUCAUUGUUCAUUCUUUGGAGGACCUUAUAUGGGAUGGGAGAAUGUUGGCGAAGUUCAUCAGAAGGUUUCAUCCUGUCCUGCUUUGAGUGACAGGGACACCCAUGUCAUGUUUAGUUAGGUGUAUAUGCAUUGAGAAAGCAUUCACCCCUAAAUUUUGGCAAUUUUGGCUGCGUUCACUUGGAUAUAAUGGACUCAUAGAGAAUGAAAUGAAAUUUGUACUCUCAAAUAUAAUGGACUCAUAGAGAAUGAAAUGAAAUUUGUACUCUCAAUUGGGGAUGAUCGGAGAGAAUUUCUAUAAUUUUCAUUCCUUCAA